AUGAGCAACGAUAUUUUAAAUGUUGUAGUAACAGGAGCUGCUGGACAAAUUGGAUACUCUUUGAUCUUUAAUAUUGUGAGAGGAGAGAUGUUUGGAUCGGACCAAAAGAUCAGAUUGGUAUUGAUGGAUAUUGCACCAAUGCUCGAUGGUAUCAAGGGUGUUAUUAUGGAGAUUGAGGAUUGUUGUUAUCCAUUGGUCGGUGAAAUCGUCGUCACUGCCGAUCCAAAGGAAGCCUUUGCCAACGCAGACUAUGCCAUCCUCGUCGGUGGUAUGCCAAGAAAGGAUGGUAUGGAAAGAGCUGACCUUCUCAAGGCCAACGCUACCAUCUUCCAAGUUCAAGGUAAAGCUUUGAACGAUCAUGCUAAAAAGACUUGCAAGGUAUUAGUUGUAGCUAAUCCAGCCAAUACAAAUGCAUUGAUUGCAAUGGUGAAUGCACCAAAUAUUCCAAAGGAGAAUUUCUCAUGUUUGACACGUUUGGAUCAAAAUAGAGCACGUGCACAAAUUGCACUUAGAGCCAAGGUGUCGGUCAAGGAUGUCCAUAAUAUCAUUGUAUGGGGUAACCAUUCAUUGACUAUCUUCCCAGACCAUCGUUGUGGUUAUGUCAGUUUGCCAAGUGGCAAAUCGACCAUCUCGGGUGCCGUCAAGGACGACACUUGGUUGCAAAACGAGUUUGUAGCAACCGUCCAAAAGAGAGGUGCCGCAGUCAUCUCUGCCCGUAAGUUGUCCUCUGCCGCCUCUGCUGCCAAGGCUAUCACCGAUCAUAUCCACGACUGGCAUCUUGGUACUCCAGAAGGAGAGUACGUGUCGAUGGGUGUCCACUCGGACGGCUCAUACAAUAUCCCAAGCGGUAUCAUCUUUUCAUUCCCAGUCACCAUCAAGAACGGUGUCUACACCAUCGUCCAAGGAUUACCAAUCGAUAAAAAUACCCAAGAAAAGCUUGAUGCCACAACCGCUGAAUUAAUCUCUGAAAAGGAAGUUGCUCUUGCUCUCUAA